AUGCCCGGCCCUCCGGCUCCGCUCGGCUCCGCCUUCUCCGCCGCUCCACCUGCCGUCGCCACCGCCUCCUGCCCUCCUAGGGGGCCAGCAGGGCCCGGCGCCAGGUGUCCCCGGGCCGGCCCAUGCCUCCCAGGGCCGGGAGCGCGGAGGGGAAGGGACGGGAGGGCGUCCCAGCGGGGCCGGCCGGGGCCAGGCUCCCGAGCGAGCCCCGCUGCAGUCCGCGGAGCGCCUGGGCUCCGGGAUCCCCUCGCCCGCCGGGCUCCGGCCGCUGCUGCCACCUCCGCCACUGCCGCCGCCGCCGCCGCCGCCGCCGCCGCCGCCGCCGCCGCCCGGCUCCGUAGCCUGCCGGAGGCUUCCUGCACCUCGCGGCCACCUCCCUACCCCCCUGUCCCCGCCAACUCCCUCCGCUCCGAAGGUGCUAGGGGCGGAGAGGACGAAAGGAGGAGCCUGAGGUCAGAGGCGGCCCGGGAGGCGGGCCCAGCCCAGUCCCGGCCUCCCCUCUCACCCCGAGUCCCGCCCCCUAAAUGUCCCCAGGGCCUUAGGUGGAAGGCCCCCGGCGUGGGACUCAAAGCCUUCAGGGCUGCCUUGAGUCGUCACCCGAUCCCGCCCCAUCAGGCGUCUGCGCGGCUACUAUUGGUCAAAAGGCCCCGCCCCCUCGCUUCUCAGCCCAUUGCUUCCUCUCUUGCGCUGUUACUCUUCGGGGUCGUGCGCGGUACCCGACCGGAAGUUAAUUGA